GGGUCAGUGUUACACUCAUGACAUGUACAAGGCAGUCCAGAGAAAGAGACUCUUACAAGAACAGGCACAAGAGGAAGAGAAAACAAAGGCAAAGGAAAGGAAGAGGCAGGAAGAGAUACACGAGAUGGAAGGAAGAGUGGAGGAAAAAAUAGAGAGAGCAGAGGAUGAGAGGACACCAGAUAGAGAAGAACUUACACAAAGUACAGAAGACAAACUCCACACAGAAUCAGUAUUAACAAAUAGCAUGGGGGAUGAUGGAGGUCCAAGCAAAGAAAUCAAACUAGAAAACAUAAGGAGGGGAAAGAAUAUGGAUAUGAUAUCACUGGCUGAAAUAACAAGGACUGAAGAUGAUGAAGAGGAAAAACAACAAGAGAUAGAGGCGGCCAGAAAAGUGCAGCAGGGAUCAGUUGAGCGUUUACAGGAGAGAAAGACAUACAUGGAAGCCAAAUCCAUACAAGAAGAUCUCAAGAGUCAGGAAGAGAGUCAGAAGAAAUGUGAAGAGAAAGGAGCAGUGGGAGGAACGUUACCUGAUCCAGAUUUGAGGAUUGUGCUUCUGGGCUCUGCUGGAGCCGGAAAAAGUGCAUCAGGAAACACCAUCCUGGGCAGAGAAGCAUUUGCAAAGAACUUCCCCAAUAAUACUAUAAACUGCAAGAGGGAGGAUGGAAUGGUCAGAGAUAAAACCAUAACUGUGAUUGACACCAAGGGAAUCUCACACCGGGCUGAUCUUUCAUUGUACUGCGAGCUGUUUGAAGAGUGUCUCUCUGCAUCUGCCCCUGGUCCUCAUGUCUUCCUACUUGUAAUUCAUUCUCCCAGGGGUUUAAAUAAUACCAUUUACCCAUUAAUUAGAAAUUCAGGGCGAGAAUUUUGCAGCGUGCUGUAGUCCUGCUUACCCACGGAGAUUCUUGGGGAACGGACCACAAAAUGAUUUUAAAUCAGAGCUGGGACUUAAAGCAACUUGUGAACAGCUGUGCGGGAAUUUAUCAGAUCUUCAACAAUGUGGAGAGAGGAGAAAGUACUCAGG